AUGGCCCAGCUGACUGACACAAGACCCUCGAAAGGUGCUGGACGCACUUCCGUACAUCGACAUCGUAAGGGUUCAGUCAACCGAGACUCAUUGCGACUGGCAGGCCUUCCUGGUGAUCUUUUGUUGGAAAUAGCUAGCUAUCUCCACUCUCGUUCAGAUAUCCUCCACCUUGGACUAUCGUGCGUUAAUACGCUCGCCAUGCUCUUUCGCAGACCCGAUAUCGCCCGACACGUUCAGAAACUAUUCAUUCGAUUCGAUCAUGUUCGCUCUCCUGGUGAAAGUGAGGUCGUCGACGGAUAUCUGAUCUCGUCCGCUGUUAGGAAGGCUGCUGCGAAGCUUGACGCUCUCAAUACAUUUGUAUGGGACGGAAACGAAGGUCCACCCUUCGACGACAUGUGGUUUGCGCUACGAAUGUCCUGUCCACAGCUGCGUACUAUAGGCACCACAGUUGGGUCGACGCUGCCCAACCCCAAUAGUCAUCUGUUCGACUUCAACAAUCUACAUGGAUUCUCGUUGAUUUUGAAGAACGGGUUUUAUAUUAACCAUGCCGAGCUUCCUUCUGAAGAGAGCUUGCAUACCGUGCGCCUGUGCGAUAUGCUUAUCAAGCGCUCGCCAGAUCUCCGGGAACUAUGCAUCGACGGCACUUCCUCCGUGCCCACGGAUGCGCAUGCGUUGUCUCGGGGCCGCUGGCCGAACCUUCGCAAACUCAUAAUAGGAGACGUCGCACUUGACUGGCACAUUCCCGUCAGCUCUGCAAGUAAACGCCCAUUCAUCGCCUUCUUGGAGGCCCAUCGUGAACUCCGGACACUCCACAUAUCACGGUAUGCGUUGAACCCUAUGCACCUGCCCACUCUACAUCACGAUGCUUUACCUUGUCUCGAGCACUUCACCGGCUCGCUGGAGCACCUGCAGGCUAUAUCACCUUCGCAUCCCAGCAUUAAAAGUGUUGGCUUCCAUGAGCCGAUUGUCAUCCGCGAUCUGGCUCCGAUGGUUGUAUCCAGUGUUCUCCAAGGACUUCCUCUGCUCAGGUCCCUGAAGAUUUCCUUCAUAUUUCAUUCUACUUACGAAAGUGGUAGCCUGCUAAGGUCACUGGUUUCUGCUUGUCCCUAUCUUGUCGAGCUCGAGUUAACUUGUGCACGCAAGCCGUCUUUUCAGCUCGAAUCAUUCGCUAGAUCAAUCAGGCAUCUCACACGACUUCGUUCCCUCACCCUCAACAUCAUUCGCUUCCCAAAUGAAGACCCUCUGUCAACCUGCGCCGUUCAUAUAGCCCGCGCACAUCCGCGUCUCAGCACCUUCACGAUCACCUUCAUCCCAUCCUCCCUCUCCCUGCCUCUUCCCCCGCCAACUCCGUUCCAGCCACUCAACGCCACCUCAUCUACCACCCCCCACCCCCCGCCGAAUCACGCAUACAUCGAAUCGGGUACUUACAACUUGACCGCUGAUCAACAUGGUCUGCCCGCCGUGCUUUCUUGCGUCGAGAGGCGCGCGAUGAUUUGGCACGUGGGCCUUAUCUGGGGCUGGAGUUGGUCAUACAGCUGUCCACGAACGCGGCGAUAUACGGUGGAUCUCCACCCAGGGCACAAAAGAAGGGGUCUGGGUGAGUUGCUGCUAGAACGCAGUACUGCGGGAGAAGAAGCACGGGUGCUUGUGGUUCUAGUCUCCCUUGGAUCAUUAGCAGUAUGGGGCUUCCUGACAUUCGGUGUGGCAUCCACUAGUAAGUAG